CACCAAUAACUUGAUUCUCUAACGCCAUUUACCUUUAGAUAUUUACUCUUUAAAUAUAACUCAAAAAAUGUCAGUGAUUCCUUAAUAUUGACUGGCAUGUGAUUAUUGAGGCAUAAGUUCAAAUGCCUCUUCAAGUGUCAAUAAAGAAGAAAAACACUCAAAAAAUAUAAAUUACAAUGUGAGUUGUGGUAACAGUGGAUGUGAAGCAAAAUGUCAAAAGAGGAUUUGUAGACAAAGACAUUACUUAUCUCCGGCUGAACUGAAAGAAAUAAAAUUGCCAUUAAACGAAAGAUGGCUGACGAAGCGCGCGAUUUAGUGAUUAAAGAACCGUGAUCGACAAGUGAACAGAAAAUAUGUACGGUAUCAGGUUAUUUGUAAGCAAAGAUUUUAGACAGAACAAUGUUUGGGGGCCCAUCAAUAAGACUGAGGCUGUCGACGGCGUGGCUGUCAACGUGUCGAGAGUGAACCAGACAAUAUACUCCUCCAGCGAUGACGAAUACAUAUUCGACAGAACGGAUGUUCGCGCCAUAUUUAUUACGCUGUACACCAUCGUAUUCUGCUGCUGUUUCUUUGGGAACCUGCUCGUUAUCCUCGUGGUUACUUUAUCGCGGCGUCUGCGCUCCAUAACAAACUUCUUUUUGGCGAAUCUCGCCGUGGCAGAUUUAUGUGUUGGCGUGUUUUGUGUCUUCCAAAAUUUGACUAUAUAUCUUAUACCGAGCUGGGUGUUCGGGGACUUCUUGUGCAAGAUGUACCAGUUUGUGCACUCACUAAGCUACACGGCGUCGAUAUUCAUACUCGUGGUGAUUUGUACGGAGAGAUACUUCGCUAUUAUACACCCCAUCACUUGCAAGCAAAUACUCACUUCCACGCGACUUAGGUUGGUGAUACUCGGCGUGUGGAUCACGAGUGCAGCCUACAGUGCGCCGAAGUUCAUAUGGGUGGAAACCAUAACGAAUGACCUCGGCGACGGCCACAUGGAAACGAUAUGCAUCUCCCACAGAAGAAAGUACAACUCCGAGCUCUUCGACAUGGUGAACUUCGGCCUUCUCUACGUCACACCAUUAUGUGUUAUGACGGUCCUGUAUACCCGUAUAGCAGUGGGUCUCUGGCAGAGUUCUCAUGCGCUGCAGCAUUUGGAGCGCGUCCAGUGCUGCGCCACUCAGUUCCAGAAGCCAGGCCCUGCGCAAUACGACGCGCAGCGAGCACUAGUCGGGAACAGUGACGACAAGAAAAUGGUGACAAUGAGCAGCCACACUGGAAAGACCAGCACGUCGAAAGCUACCCGCGGACACGAGACGCGCAACUGCCACCACCUGAGCCACUUAUCGCGCAAUGUGUUGCGCGCGCGCCGCGGCGUCGUGCGCAUGCUCAUUGUGGUCGUGCUCACCUUUGCCAUCUGCAACCUGCCCUUCCACGCGCGCAAGAUGUGGCAGUACUGGUCCAGCGGUUACGAGGGCUCCAGCGACUUCAGCACACUCCUCACACCGCUCACAUUCCUCAUCACGUACUUCAACUCUGGCAUCAACCCACUCUUAUACGCUUUCUUAUCCAAGAACUUUAGGAAAGGUAUGAAAGAGCUCAUCUUCUGCAACUGCCAUGGGAAGAGAAAAAGCGAAAACUUGAUUCUGUUAAACCCGGUGGGUGGCGUGGGGCUGCGGCGGAGCUCCACGCGGUCCACCCGCGCCAACUGCAGCACGGUCACCAUAGCACCCAACGGAGAGUCAUGAGACAUGCGUCGGCGGCGCUUCCUGUAUAAGGUGGAAAACAUUGAUAUUUCCUGAUUAACGGAGAGCACCGACGAAGUAACGGAUAGCAGCGGUUUCUAUACGGUCUCUACCGUAUCCAGGCGUGAUUUAUACGACUAAGAGACCUGCAUUACGCUACCGCUUUCGUUUACCCAAUAACUAACUUUAAAGACUCCUUAGUGAAUUUUAAUGAUAAGGACCUGACGCUGAGUGUGUGCGUGUAAACUUGGUGAUCUCGCGAGCUUAAAGUGUUAGAAUACCUUUGUUAUUUAAUGAAUAAUUCAAUUGAUAGUGAGUGAGUUGAGACCAAAAUAAUGUAACAUAUCUUUCGGUUACCUUUUAGUUGAUCCAUGAUAAAGAUUUUACGACUACUUGGUUUUAGAUAGACAGGGCCUUACUACAAAAACUUUAAACCCUAUUUUACACUUGUCUAAUAAAAUUUUGGCUGCAAAAUGAACCAUAUGUCAACGUCAUAAUUUGACAUUUUUUUAGACAAGGCAUAAACUGACGUUUAAAAGUUUUUGUGGUAAGAUGGAUAAUGUUUUAUAUUAAAAAGCUAAGUGUAUAAAUAUCUAUAUGACUGUAUAAAGUGUACAUAUGGUGUAAUAAAUAUUACCUAAGGGGAAUAUUAGCAUGUGAUUACUGAUUACAUCAAUAGGUACUGUUGGUAAUAUUAUGGAUCUAUUUCGAAAGCAAAUCGUUCCAUUGAAAGACUCAAGAUGAGAUCACAUUCAGAGCCGCGAUAUCGGCCUUCGAAUUUGAAUUGCAAUAUUUAUGUUCAAUACCGUAAUACCGCUUCCCUGCUAUCACCGCAGUUACAGCGGCACCCGACGGUUUACACUACAACUACCUAGAUUGAAAUUCUAGGAAAGUGAUAGUUGACAAUAUUAUAUAACAACAAUUUCAUACUAAGAAAGGUUCGAAUGCAAUCUAACUUACUGCAUGUAAUUUCAAUACUUACGUGAUAUGAAAAAUAAGUAAACGUAAUAGUUUUGUUGUUUUUAAGUGAACUUGUAAAUAGUGAACAUAUCUAAACAUUUUGAUACGUAAUUUAGAAACUGAUACAUUUAGGUAGAUAUUGUUAUUCGUAAUAGUUCCGCCUAACAGCCCAAAUUCACCAAACGGUGGCCGAAUAGGCAUAUAUUUCUUUAUUACGUAGGCAACACUGGUCGGGAACGUUCGUUCAAUGUUGCCAACACAUGCUUAGUAAAUGAAAAAUUCAAUAUUCAUAUACAUAUUUUCCCAUAAUUAUACCAAAUACUAGUUAUUUACACAUUAAAUUGUACAUUGUUGUAUAAAUUAAUAAAAUAAGUCUCUAUAACUUGUCGAGAAAAUUAUCGACAUCCUGCAAUAUGUCAAUCUCCUUAUAGCGACAAGGAAAACUUUGGGUCACAGGAGCAAAUUAUGUUCUAACGAUGUCACAAAGGUGUUAAUGAAAAUUGAUCUGGAAGAUACUGACAGAAAAUACAAGAAAAUCUAUGAAUGAAAAAGUACUGCUGGAGCGUUUCCAAAACAUAUGUAUGUAUUUUAUUGGUAGUGUUUCCAAAAUAGAUUUUAUUUGUAAUUUUAUAUAAACACCUGAACGACUUUCUUGUCACUAAAGGGUACUCAUUUUCAUGUUGUUCUCGCUGUUCUUACGUAAUGAUAAAAUUCAUGAAUGUAAAUAUUCGUAAUAUUACUAGUAGAAGAGAGAGUUAAGCACAGGAGACCGGGGACGGUUGGAACAUUUGUACGUGGACGCUCGCAGCGGGACCAUUAUGAAACCGAGCUAAACCAUAAAAUAACUUUAUUUGUCCUCAAAUGAGAGCAACUUGAACUUAACUGCUGCACUUCGAAAUGCUAGGCAAAAGUAAAUAGGUGCUUCUAGGAAGCGUGCUUUCAUUGGAAUUUUGUCCUGACUUUUCAUUACUGUGAUCCAACACAACACGAUAGCAAAAAUUGAGUGAUACUGGUUUCAAUUUAUAUCAUGUUAUAAAAUCGAAUUGAAAAGGUUUACGUUUCAGUAGAUUCGAAGCUUUUUAUUUAUUUCCCAAGUUACCAACAUGUUUUUUUUUGGUCCUACGUAUUUUUUGGCCUUACUGUAUCCACAAGCGUGACGACUAGCCUGCGCUCACACUGCAUACUAUUUAUUCGGCCCUUGGUAACAAACAUUUUAAAAAAAAAUCGUGAAUUCAAUCAGUUAUUAGUCGGUCUGAUACCGAACAAAUACCUAAUCGUUGUUACGUGUGUACUUACUUCCAUUCAUCUUCAUACUGAUUUAUGAGCGAAAAUCAACAUCGGUCGACUAAAUCUUCAUAGUGUGCCCGCGGUCUAAGGGUGAUAAAUACCCAGCUAUUCAUGAGAUAGGUGGCCAAUACCGAAGCUCCCCAUGGUCCCUGCCCGACCCCGUCGCUGCGAGUUAUUUAUUACCGAUAGUUCAAAAGCGACAGCGUGUUUCAACUGACCCCGGUUUAUCCUGCUGAUUGUUAUGUUUUUACCCACAUUUACCCACAAUUUGUUCAGUCUUUAUUUUUAUUGUGAAAGAGAUUCGCGGUCAUGCGUCUCCUAAGUAUUAAUUGAUUGUAAAAAGUUACGAAAAUAAAAUAAUUAUUGGCUCUUUAUCUAUUUAUUUAGUUGUGCAUUAUAAUAUAGCUUUUAUUUUCCCCAAUGUAUUUAUGUAAAGCAGUAAAUUAUUUUUAAAACAAAUAUGUACCUAAUAAUACGGUAUUGAAUGUGAUGUUUCGUAAACUAUAAUUUUCAUUGUAAAUUACUUGUGUAUAUUUUGAUGUAUAAUUUUGAAAUAAAAUGUAAUUAAAACUCUUAUAAAUAGA